GUAGGUACCGCAGCUUCCGGGUGUGUUCAGCGGUGGUUUAUAUAUAUAUUUUGAUGCAUUGUGUUUUAUGACAGGUUAAAAGGCUUCUGGGAGUUAUAUAUUGUCAAAAUGAAUCGAAUAUUUGGUCGGGGAAAACCCAAAGCACCUCCUCCUAAUCUAUCGGACUGCAUAGGAAAUGUGGAUGCCAGGGCAGAGUCUAUGGAUCAGAAGAUCUCCCGUCUGGACGCUGAACUGAUUAAGUAUAAAGACCAAAUGAAGAAGAUGAGAGAAGGACCCUCUAAGAACAUGGUGAAGCAGAAAGCUAUGAGGGUUCUGAAGCAGAAGAGACAGUGGAGGCUAUGAAGAUUGGAGCGAAAGAGAUGAAGAGAGCUUACAAGGAUGUGAAGACUGAUCAGAUAGAAGACCUACAGGAUCAGCUGGAGGAUAUGAUGGAGGAUGCCAACGAGGUUCAGGAGUCUCUGAGUCGCAGCUACGGAACUCCUGACAUAGAUGAGGAUGACCUGGAAGCAGAGCUGGAUGCCCUAGGGGAUGAGUUGUUGCUGGAUGAUGACAGUUCCUACCUGGAUGAGGCUUCCUCUGCCCCCUCCAUCCCAGAGGGCAUACCCAACGACAGUAAAACCAACAAGGAUGGCGUUCUGGUGGAUGAGUUUGGUCUGCCACAGAUCCCUGCUACAUAAAACUACAGAUCCCUGCUACAUAAAACUACAGAUCCCUGCUACACUUUUAUAUGUAGAGUAACAUUUCUACAUUACAAUGAUCUGACCUGAGAACAGGUUACAUAACUUACUACCACUGUAUUACUAAGGUAUUGAUGCUGUUUUGGAGAUGAGUUUAUAGUGUUACCGAUAGGGUUUACAUUUAUCUAAAGCCAUCCCUUUAAACUUGGUGUACCUUUAAUUAGAAUGUUCUCAACAGACUCAGUGGAAUAUAUGGAGAGAAGGUUCAGAGUAUUAGGGAUCAAUGACAGGAAGCCAUGGAAAUACAUACAUUUCUUUCCUUUUCCAAUUGGUAGAUUUUAAAAUGCUCUGAUCUUGUAUAUUAUUUAGGGUUAGGAAAGUAAAAUCAGGUUUGGAGUGCCUUUACGCACUAAAUAUAUUGGUGAAUCAAAACUACAGUGGUUUGAUUCAUCCUAAAAGUUGUCAUAUACAGUUGUUCAAUCCAUGAAGUAUUGGAAGGGGAGAAAAGUGUACAGUAGGGGUUGGCCAGUAGUCCUUUAAAACUAUCCUAAUAAUCAUCACUAAUCGUGGAACUGUGAUGACAACGGUCCAGUCGUCUUGAACCGUGCACCAGGCUCCAGGUAUCAACUGCUAUGUGUGCUCUGCGUUCCAUAAUGAUUCACAUCAUAGGCGAAAUGACCACGGGGGGUAGGGGACAUGUCCCCCCCAACAUUCAGAACAGGUCAAUUCGUGUCACCCACACAACCCCCAAUCAUUUCUUUAAAUAAAAAAUAAAUGAUUCUAGGCCAUGUUUUUUAAAAUGUUUUUUAAAAAUCGCCCUUGAUUCAAAUAGGCUACAGGUCCCAAAUUAUUGCACAACUUGUAAAACAUUAGCUUAAUAUGGUCCACUAUUGCUAGCGUCCCUCAGGAACAACCACACCAACAUGACAGAGGGAAGAAAGGUCCACUAACAAUGGAAUGGAAUGAUGCCACGUGUCAGGAAACUAACACUAAAGAGACAGUUAUACAUAUACACCACCGUUCAAAAGUUUGGGGUCACUUAGAAAUGUCCUUGUUUUUUAAAGAAAAGCACAAUUUUG